CAACUUUGCCUCUGGACAGGGCUGGACCCGUCUCAUGUUUAUAUGUAGUAAAUGCAUCACGAGAGCAGGAAACUAUUGUAGCAAUAAUUGUGGGACUGACUUGCAAAAUCUGCACUUAACACUUCGGUAAGGAGGGAAUUCUUCUCAGCCUCUCCCUGUUGAAGCUCCUCCCGAGCGACAGGUGACUCAAACCAGACAUACAAGUAUAGAGAGCAGGUAAGACAAGAGGAACAUUGCCCCGGCCAACCAUGGAGGAAGAACUUGGUGUGGACAUAGACGCUCUCAUAGACGAGUUUGAAUAUAUCCCCGGUUAUUUCCACUUGGAAAUGAACCUCAACUUUGAGUCCUGCACCCCUCCGCACAUAAGGAGAAGAGACAUUAAGCUCAAGCAAGAGGCUCUUCAGCUACAGCUGGAAUUCGAGUCCAGUUCCCAGCACAGCGGGAUCAAGAAUUUAUUGGGAGUUUUCUCCUUCUACCUGGAUGAGAUCGACAGAGCCAAAGAGACUUUUACGAACAUUUGCAACCAGGACCCGAGUAAUCUAAACGCUUGGGCCAACUUGGCUUGUGUCUACGACAAGCUGAACAUGGAGGAGGAGGCCACGCAGUGUGCAGAUAAGAUAUCCCACCUUAUGAAUCUGGAUACAGAAGGGGCCAGUACCGAGCCUAGGCUUAUGGCCGCACGCUGCCUGGCGGAACAGGGGUACGCGCACGAGUUUGACGUUGGUCAGAUGACGGAGAACGACAACAUGGAGAAACUGGUAGCAGGAAUAAGUCUGUAUGAUAAAGCUUUGGCCUACGGGAAACACAAGAUCCCCAUAGAAGAGAAAAGAAGUUGGUUUUUUACAAUGGCGUCUCUCUGUAUGAGGUUGGAUGAAAUAUUAAUUACGAAGGAAAAUGUUGAAGAAAAACGCCGGCAGUUUUAUAACAAGACGCUGAUGUUGCUGCGAGAAGCUGAAAAGUCGUCCAACAAUCAUUACAAAGCUUUGUCCUGGUGCUAUAUUGGGAUGAUUCUGGACAAACAAUUUACAUUUUCGGACCCACCAAUGGGAAUUCAUGACUAUGGAUUUACAGGAACCGAUCCCUUGGACUGCUUCAGCAAGGCUAUAGAAAUAGGAAAAGGCGACCCUGUGAUACUGAACCGUCUGGCCAAAAUAUUUCACUUUUUGGGAAAGCAAGAAAUGGCUACUGGAAUCUGUAACAUGGCACUUAGCGCUCUUAAAGACCCCAAACUGAACUGUCAGGCUUACUGCACACGUGCCCAGAUUUUUAUUUGGAUGUAUGUACGAGACUUGGAACGGGCCAAGUUAGGCUUAGGAGGAUUGCCAGACAGAAAUCAUCUUUCCAAUGCAAAAUCUGACCUGGAAAGCAUUAUAGAUAUAUACCCCUGCCUGAAAACAUACCUGGAGAUGGGGCAAGUCUGCUAUUACAUGGGUGUGGAUGCCGUGCAGGAGCUGAUGUUAACAGAUGAAGAUUCCAUAAAUCAGGCAUUAGUUUGCAUUGCAAAAGCCACAGAGUAUGAUCUGGCCAAUACCCUGCCUGAACUGCAGCUACUGAAGGGAAAAUGCCUGCGAGUUAAAGGCGAAGAAAUGAAUGCAAUGGAGUGUUUCAAGAAAGCCAUGAAUCUGCAGAGCAAAGGCUCCCUGGCCACAGAGACCUUCAGACAUUUAAUAGAAAUAUUACUAAGCCUCUAUAGUCAAACUAAGAUCGACGCCGAGACCUUGGUCCGGGAGGUGGAAUUCUGGGUAAAAGAAGCUCAGGAGAAAUAUGACGUAGAGAGUGUAAGUCAAGAGCUGCAGACUGUAUGCAGAAAUAACACCAUGGAGAUUGUCAAGCUCUCCAAGGCAAUGAUCAUGGCCGGUAAGAUGGACUUGGUACGGCUUUUGCUUCAAUCUGUAAUGGUAAAUGGUCGGAAACUUCGACCGAAACUGAACAGCCGCUCUUCUUCCUUCUAAUCGUGGCUUUAUUCCCACUACAAUGCAGAGAAAGACUGAAUAUUAUCGACGGAGUAGUUAUCGCCAUCUACAUCUAUAUGGGAUUUGUUGUGUCUCCCCACAUUAACAUUGUGUCAAGUCUCCAAAACAUCCUAAGGUUAAUACCUAAAGUUGACCAUACACCAUGUGGCAGAGCCCUGUGUCUCCCUCCCCCACCCCUGGCAACAUCUGCACACUAUGAUUCACUAAGCAUACAUGUGUUGGGAAUAGGAAUGAAAGCACCUGCCAAAAAUCACCUGACAUUUUGGCGGGACGCACCAACACAUGUUGGAUUUUCAACUGCCCUGAUCCUUUUGUUCUGGGAAAGAUAUGUUACCACCAGAGGAGUCCAGCAGCGACCUAUCGGUACUCUCUCCAUUGGGACAACAUGAAUGCUCAGCUUAAAUGACUACUCCAGCAAAAGUUAAAUUAUCCCCUAUGGACAGGAUAGGGUAUAAGUAGCUGAUCGCAGGGGUUCCCAGUGGUCGGACAGGGGGACUCCAGGACAGGACCC